CUUUUGACUCGUGAAUUGAUAAAAAUUCUAUUUUGUGCUUCAUAUUUGAGUCAAGAAGCAGAUCUGUGUCAAGGUGGCAGAGUUUAAAAAAUGUUUAAAGAGAACUUCCUGUCCUCUCGAUACUGGGUGUGACACUUGUUUAUCUUGAGUCUUUUGUUCAGAGUUCACAGUUAGGUUAACGGUUUACUUGUGCUGAUAGUAUUACUGUUACUAUUAUAUCACUGUUAGUGCCACUGGCAUUAAUGCUACUGUUAGUGGUACUAAUGUCACUGCAACAGUUGUUAUUACUGCCAGUAUUAUUCUUCUUUCAGACAUCAUCACAAAACGAGAGAGUCGCUUUACAAUGACGGACUUAAAAUAAGACGGGAAUACGUGGAAGAGCCAAGAUGACAGAGAGUGACCUUCUCAGCAUUCUGGAUGAUUUGAUAGACAAUGAAUUUAAGGACUUCAAGUGGCACCUGAAGCAAGAAAAGGUGGACGACAUCCCACCCAUCAAAAAGAGUAAGCUGUCGGAGGCAGAGAGGCGGGACGUGGUGGAUCUGAUGGUGCAGAAAUAUGAAUUUGCUGGAGCUGUGGAAGUGUUCAAGAGCAUUUUAAAGAGGAUCAACAGGAAUGAUCUGGUGACGGAGUUGUCAAACAUCAGCUCAGGAGCAGAAGGUCAGUCACAGGAAGAGACAAACAUGACGUCACAUCCAGUCAGCAGAUCUGUGAAGAAAAACAGUCCAGACAAUGUUCUGCAGAAAGUUUUACAUGACCACAAGAUCAGUCUGAGGAGGACAUGUCAACAUGUGACUGAAGGACCUGAUGAAUCAAGAAGUGAAACCCUCCUCAACAGUAUCUACACUGAGCUCUACAUCACAGAGGGAAAGAGUGAAGAUGUUAACACCCAACAUGAGGUGAUGCAGCUUGAGACAGCUUCCAAGAUGAAGACUCACCAUGACACUCCAAUCAAAUGCCAAGACAUCUUUAAAGCCUUACCCAACCAACAGAAACGCAUCAUCAAAGUUGUUCUGACGAAUGGUAUCGCUGGCAUUGGAAAAACCUUCUCAGUGCGGAAGUUCACUCUGGACUGGGCAGAGGGCACAGAAAACCAAGAUGUCAGUCUGGUAAUUCUGCUUUCAUUCAGGGAGCUGAACUUGAUCGAAGAUGAGCAGUACAGUCUCCUCAUGCUAAUCCAUGAUUUCCAUCCAACAUUACAGAAGGUCACAGCAGAGAAGCUCGAUGACUGUAAAGUUUUGUUUAUCUUUGACGGGCUGGAUGAAAGCAGACUUUCAUUAAAUUUCAAGAACAGGAAGGUCGUGUCUGAUGUCACACAAAAGUCAUCAGUCAACAUCCUGUUGACAAACCUCAUUGAGGGGAAGCUGCUUCCCUCGGCUCUUGUCUGGAUAACGUCCCGACCUGCAGCAUCCAAUCAGAUCCCACGUACAUGUGUUGAUAGGAUAACAGAAGUACGAGGCUUCACUGAUGCCCAGAAGGAGGAGUACUUCAAGAGGAGAUUUAGUGAUGAAGAGCUGUCCAGCAGAAUCAUCAAACACAUCAAGACAUCCAGGAGCCUCCACAUCAUGUGUCACAUCCCAGUCUUCUGCUGGAUCACUGCGGCAGUUCUAGAGCACAUGUUGACUACAGACCAGAGAGGAGAGCUGCCCAAGACCCUGACUGACAUGUAUUCACACUUCCUGCUGGUUCAAACACAGAAGAAGAAGCACAAGUAUGAUGAAGGACAUGAGAUGAGUCUAGAGGAGCUGACAGAGGUCGACAUGGAACUUCUUCUGAAGCUGGGGAGGCUGGCAUUUGAACAUCUGAAAAAAGGAAACAUCAUGUUCUACCAAAAAGACCUGGAGCAGUGUGGUCUUGAUGUCACAGAAGCCUCAGUGUUGUCAGGAGUUUGUACAAAGAUCUUCAAAAAAGAACAUGGGAUCUACAAGAAAACACUCUACUGUUUUGUUCAUUUGAGCGUUCAGGAGUUUCUGGCUGCAGUCUACAUGUACCACUGUUACACCAGCAGGAACACAGAGGUAUUGGAUGACUUCCUGGAUGAUGUGGACGAUGAAGAUGAUGAUGAUGACAGACAUGAUAACCAUUACUCAUCUCUGGAUGACUUCCUGAUGGGAGCUGUGCAGAAAUCUCUCAACAGUAAAAAUGGCCACCUGGACCUGUUUGUUCGCUUCCUCCAUGGCCUCUCUCUGGAGUCCAACCAGAUUCUCUUAGAAGGCCUGCUGGGUCAGACAGAGAACAGUCCAGAAAUCAUCCAGAGAGCCAUCGAAAGGCUGAAGAACAUGGACACUGGGGAUGUCCCUCCUGACAGAAGCAUCAACAUCUUCCACUGUCUGAUGGAAAUUGAUGACCACUCAGUACAUCAGAAGAUCCAAAUGUUCCUGAAGUCAGAGAACAGAUCAGAAUACCUCUCUGAUAUCCACUGCUCAGCUCUGUCCUACAUGCUGCAGAUGUCGGAAGAGCUUCUGGAUGAGUUUGACCUGAAGAAGUACAACACAUCAGAGGAGGGACGACGGAGACUGAUCCCAGCUGUGAGGAACUGCAGAAAGGCUCAACUUUCUGACUGUGGACUCUCAGAGACUCACUGUGAAGUUGUGGCCUCAGCCCUGAAGUCCAACCCCUCCCAUCUGAGAGAGCUAGAUCUGAGUGACAACGAGCUGCAGGAUUCAGCAGUGGAGCUUCUGUGUGCUGGACUGGAGAGUCCAAACUGUAGACUGGAGACUCUAAGAUUGUGUCGCUGCAGUUUGUCAGAGACCAGCUGUGAUUUUCUGGCCUCAGCUCUGGUGUCCAACCCCUCCCAUCUGAGAGAGCUGGAUCUGAGAGAAAAUGAGCUGCAGGAUUCAGAAAUGGACUGGAUGUGUAAAUUCCUGAAAAAUCCACAAUGUAGACUGGAGACUCUGGGAUUGAGGGGCUGCAGUUUGUCAGAGAUCAGCUGUGAUUCUCUGGUCUCGGCUCUAAAAUCCAACCCCUCCCACCUGAGAGAGCUGAAUCUGAGUCUCAACGACCUGCAGAAUUCAGUAGUGAAGCUGCUGUGUGAUUUUCUGGAGAGUCCACACUGUAGACUGGAGUCUCUGGGAUUGUGGCGCUGCAGUUUGUCAGAGAUCAACAUUGCUUCUCUGGUCUCAGCUCUGAAAUCCAACCCCUCCCAUCUGAGAAAGCUGGAUCUGAGUGACAAUGAGCUGCAGGAUUCAGAAAUGGCUGCUGUAAAGCUGCUGUGUGGUUUUCUGGAGAGUCCACACUGUAAACUUGAGACUCUAAUAUUGAUUGGCUGCAGUUUAACAGAGAGCAGCUGUUCAUCUCUGGCCUCUGCUUUGAAGUCCAACCCCUCCCAUCUGAGAAUGCUGGAUGUGAGUCACAAUGAGCUGAGAGAUUCAGGACUGAAGCUGCUGUGUGAUUUUCUUGAGAGUCCACACUGUAGACUGAAGACUCUGGGAGUGAGGGUCUGCAGUUUGUCAGAGAUCAGCUGUGCUUCUCUGGCCUCAGCUCUGAUGUCCAACCCCUCCCAUCUGAGAGAGCUGGAUAUGAGUCUCAACGAUCUGCAAGAUUCAGACGUGAAGCUGCUGUUGGAUCUUAAGGAGAGUCCACAAUGUAAACUGGAGACUCUGAGCUGGAAUUGAUGAUAUCUGUAAGAGUGUGAGUGAACGUCCAGGAGUGUGUGUUGAGAGAGGAUCAACUGUAUCCUGAUGAUCCAUCUGGACCGGAGUCUGGAUCUGGAUUUUGUCAUCUUCACUUAAGUCUCUUAACUGACCACUUUAUAGAUUUGAUAUACAUAAGCUGUUUGAUGCUAAAAAGAUAAAAAACACAGGUUUUAUAAAUCUGACUCUGACCCUGGGCCUAUAUUUAUCAAGUGCCUCAGAAUCACACUGAGUUAACAAGGACUAAAACUAAUUAAUGAAGCAGAAGAGAAUUUACUUUUUACUCUCAGCAGGAUGGAUUACAGGAGAAGGAUUACUCCUGGGAGAGAGGGAGUUGUUGUUUUACCACAGUCAGAGCAGCAAAAUAGAAAUAAUAAUGAGGUGUUGUAGUUUCCUCACAGUCUCAGCUGGAAAUAUUAAACAGUGGUAAUUUGGUAUAUUAUGUGUAUAGGUAGGUAAUUUACCAAGGUUAUGUAACAAACCUAUGAUGCCAGAAUUCAGAUGAUCAUUCAAGAUGAUAUUUACAAACUGUAAAGAAAGCCUAAGAAAUAAAUGUAGCCUAUAUGUUAAUUAAGAUAAGUGGUCAUUUCACUCAGCUGUGUGAAAUGAUCUUGGUUCAGCCACAUGGUUUCACAGCCUGUAAUAGUGCUGCAUCUUGCACAUAUUGCACAGACACAUGUUGCAAACCCUCUCCAUGAAGAACAUCAUCUCUUCCACUGUCCAAUUCCUCUUUCAACUUCACCCCAAGUUAACUUCUGUCCUCUACAUGAAGGUAAAUACAUUGUAACAAUAGAAACAUAUAUUGUUAAGGUGCAUCCUCCUCUCUCAAAUAUCAGGCUGUAGCUCUGCUGUUGUUUGAAGUAGCCUAAAUAAAAAAUAAGCCUAUAAAAUAUUUGAGCUGUUGUAAUGAAGUUGAGAUAUCCUUCAUUAUGCAGCUGACUUGAUUAUUUUCAAAUAAAAGUUUUAGUGGGCUGUAACUGAGGACCCUCGUCAUGCUCAUUAUCUUUACGACGUAUAUUAAGCCAGAUCAAAGUUUGAUUCAUGACUUCCAUCACUGUCGGUUCUGACAGAAUUGUCACUGUUGCACAGCUGCAUUUUCCCUGUUAUGAUAAAGUGUAACAUUGAGAGGACAUUCUGUAUUUAUUUAAAUGAUGUUCUGUAGAAACAUCAUGUGUUCUCCUCUGCAUCACACACAAAGUCAGUCUCACAAAUGAUUCUGUUUUAGUCCAAACAAUCUUUUAAUAAGCUCAGUGUCAUCAAGGGUUCCCAAAACAUCUCUCCUCCCAGGGAAUAUUUCUGCCUGAACUCCAUCUGCAGCUCCGAAAUAUCGGCAGAGAUAGGAAUCAUUUACCAAGUUUGGAGAGUUGAUAAAACGCUUUUUCUCCUGAAAGUAAGACCAAGACCAUGCAUCACUCUGAUUAUUUUUGGCCAGUUUGGAGUGAUUUCCUGCUCUGAGAUGCUUAAUAAAUACAGGCUCAGAUGUGACAAAUUGGAUGUCCACAAAUUUCAUUAGGUUAAAUUCUGAAAGAAUUUAUCUUUGGUCCAGAAAACCUGCAUGCACAGGUCAAGUCAUAUCUUGGUUCUCUUGAUAACAACAUCAAGCCUGUGGUGAAAAACUUUGUAUUUUUUGAUUCCAGUCUAAGUUUUGAUGAUCAUAUCAACAGCUCGUCCAAUCCUGUUUUCACCAUUAAAAUCAUAUUAAAAUAAUAUAUAUAUGUAAGUAGCACAGAACACUGCUGCUGUCAGACUUUGAACUAACACCAGGAAAAGAGAUCGUAUAACUCCAUUUCCAUCAUCACUUCACUGGUCACCUGUUUGUUUUAGGAUUGAUUGUAAAGAUUUUAUUGAUUACUUUUAAAGGCUCUUCAUGGCUCCAGAUUAUAUUUCAGAGUUGUUCUGUGUAAAUAUUAAAGGUAUCUAGCUUUUAUAUGUAGGUAAGCCAAGCAGGUGGCUUUAACAGUAACUAUAUAAUUUAAACUUAUAGGUGAGAUCAUGUCAUCCAGCUGAGUGAUCCAGCCCUAUCCAAUCGCAUCCUUUACAUCUUUUUUUCUACAUCAGUGCAGCAUUUUGCAUGUAUUGUACAACACUGCACACAGCGAUAAUGCAAACUGACUGUGGGCACAACUUGAAAAACAUGAAAUUUAUCUUCUCCACUGUCCAACUCAUGUGUCCUUACAGCUCCUUUAAAUAUAUCUCUGCCAUCCGCAGUUUAAAACUAAUGAAUCAUUAAACCAAUAAAGCCACAAUUUGCAUGAAUGCAGCUUGUUUUUCUAUAACUUGACACUGAGUGGUGGGAAAUGAAUUAGUGCUGAUUAUCAGCACAGAUAAAUACUGAAAGGAAGGAUGUGUGAUGAUAUCGUUCAAAGGAAGAGCUGGCGAAGUUCUUAUUUUGAAGACGUUUAUUAGACGAUGGCCAUCGGGUCCAUUCCAUAUACAAAGAUGGUCUGGGCACCGUACCACUGUUGGUGCACAACUUAUAUAGGGUUACACAUCUGUAUCUUAUUAUAUGAAUAACAUAGGUUUUACAUUAAUUCAAUUGGGGGCCAUCCAUGAAGUGAUUGACAGCUACCUCACAACAUACUAUGUAUCAUAACAUACCGCAUCUGGAACAGCUCCAAACUUGACCAUGGACCCAUUAUUUGUAUUUAAAAGGCCCCCCAGAAGGGCUAUACCAUAUUACCUAAGGUGACAUGCAGACUCUGGAAUGUUUAUGUCACAUGUCCAACACCCAAAAUCAGUAACAUACAUAGGGUCAGAUAAAAGUCAUACUAACAAAUACGGAUCCUGGUCUUUGCUGUCAGGGCUCUGGAUCAACCUGUUUGAGGAGCUCAGUCAUUAUCUUCCUUUAAAUCACUUCUUAAAACUCAUUUUUAUCCACUGAUCUAUCAGUUAUUUUUGUUUUAUAUGCUGUACAUCUUAAAUUUGAAUCUAAUGUCUGUUUUACUGGUUUAUUUUCUUCCUGUAUGUUUGUGUUAGUUUUGUGUAAAACAUUCUGUAACGCUGGUUGGUUUGAGAAGUUUUAUAGACUUCUGAAGGGAGGGUGGUGGGAAACAAAAACCAAAUUCUGACUGCAGAAACAUCUGUGGAAAUAAAUGAACUUGCAGCGUUUUUACUCUGUGUCAAGCUUCAGCUUCAUGUAUAACAUCUAUUUUUAUUGUAGUUAUUUUUUCUGUCUUUGUGUAUAAAUGAGCCAUAUGUGAUUGAAUCUGUGUUCUUUGCUGUGGAUAUCUGUGAAUCUGACUUUUUGCCUAACCACUGGACCAUCAGCACACGCCAUCUGAGUUUAUUUUAAAGGUACAUUAUUCUUAUAAUUUCUUAUUUCUUAUUUCUGCAGCAGACAGCUCAUACUGAGUCUGUCCACAAGAUGGCAGCAGAGACUGACUCUCAUGUCCCAUAUGUGUGUAAAGAUUAUAGGCCUUUCUCACUACCAAGUACACCAAUUUCGGACAAGAUUGUUGUUUUGCCAAAGCAUCUCACGGAAUAAAUUAAGAAUUAUCCAAGAGUAAUAUAAAUAUUUACGAUAAGUUUAGAUUUUUUUAGAGAGUGGGGGGGCUUAUGUGAUUCCCUGCUCAGUAACCAUGGCAACUUAUACCACAGAACUAACCUGCUCCAUGGCAGGUUAACUGUCAAGCUUAAUUUAGCUGUGUGUCAAAGAAUGUCCAACGGGUGGAAACAGACUCCCAAAAGAUGAUUCUGUCAAGUUUCUUUUCACACUCACAUCACUUUUGUCGUGUGUGUUCAGAAACAUAAGAUGAAGAACUGUGAGGGACCUUAACAAACAUACCUAUUUCAGUUAAUCACCAUUUUAUUCAUGGUCACUUCUGUGUUGGGGUGAAACCU